GAGCCGAGCGCAGCUCCAAACCGAGCUGCACGCCAGGAGAUGGGGCCGCGCUAGGACCGAUCGCCCCGUCCCCCCUGCUCCGGGCCCGGUCAUGGAGGGCAACAGGAAGGACCCAAACGGUGGGGAGUACGGAAUUCCACAGAAGUACGAUCCCACCUUCAAGGGCCCUAUCAACAAGAGAGGCUGCACCGAUGUGAUCUGCUGCAUCACCCUGCUCCUGGCCAUCGUUGGCUACGUGGUCGUCGGCAUCGUCGCGUGGACUCACGGUGAUCCCCGCAAGGUGAUCUACCCCACGGACAGCCGGGGCCAGUUCUGUGGCCAGAAAGGCACGGUCAAUGAGAACAAGACCUUCCUGUUCUACUUCAAUAUCAUGAAAUGUGCCAGCCCACUGGUUCUGCUAGAGUUUCAGUGCCCAACCACGCAGAUCUGCGUGCAGAGCUGUCCGUCCCGCUACCUCACCUACAUGCAGGCCCAGAGCAAUCCAGAGGAGCUGAAAUAUUACUCGCAGUUCUGCCAGCCGGGCUUCGACUGGCAUCAGGGCAAGAGCUUCGUGGAGGUGCUGCGUGAUGGAGACUGCCCAGCCAUGCUUACGCCCAGCAAACCCCUGGUCCGCCGCUGCCUGCCGGCCAUCCGGGCCCACAAAGGGGUGCUCUUGGUGGGGAACGAGACCACAUUCGAUGAUGGGCGGGGCCAGCGGCGCAAUGUCACAGACCUGGUGGAGGGAGCCAAGAAGGCUAACGUGGUGCUGGAAGCCCGGCAACUGGCCAUGCGUAUCUUUGAGGAUUACACGGUGUCCUGGUACUGGAUCCUUAUCGGCCUGGUCAUUGCCAUGGUGAUGAGUUUCAUCUUCAUCGUUCUCCUCCGCUUCCUGGCUGGUAUCAUGGUCUGGAUCAUGAUCGUCCUGGUCAUCCUGGUGCUGGCCUAUGGAAUCUUUCACUGCUACAUGGAAUACGCACGUCUGCGGGGUGAGGCUGGGGCGGACGUAUCCCUCAGUGACCUUGGCUUCCAGACCGACCUGCGUGUCUACCUGCACCUGCGGCAGACCUGGAUGGCUUUCAUGAUCAUCUUGUGCUGUGUUGAGUUUCUGAUCAUCCUGCUGCUCAUCUUUCUGCGCAAGCGUAUCCUGGUGGCCGUGGCACUUAUCAAGGAGGCCAGCCGGGCUGUGGGCUACGUCAUGUGUUCCCUGCUCUACCCCCUCGGAACCUUCUUCCUGCUCUGCCUCUGCAUAGCCUACUGGGCCAGCACCGCCGUCUUCCUGUCCACGUCCAACGAGGCCGUCUACAAAGUCUUCAAUGACUCAGCCUGUGACUUAGCUGGACAAACGUGUGACCCCAAGAACUUCACAACCAACGUGAGCCAGCAGUGCCGGGAUGCCCGCUGCCAGUUCGCCUUCUAUGGAGGGGAGACAAGCUACCACCGGGUGCUCCUGGGGCUGCAACUGUACAAUGCCUUUAUGUUCUUCUGGUUGGCCAACUUCACCCUGGCCCUGGGCCAGGUCACGCUGGCCGGCGCCUUCGCCUCCUACUACUGGGCCCUCCGCAAGCCAGAUGACCUGCCUGCCUUCCCACUCUUCUCAGCCUUUGGCCGUGCCCUCAGGUACCACACUGGCUCCCUGGCAUUUGGCUCCCUGAUCCUUGCCAUCGUCCAGCUCAUCCGGGUCAUCCUGGAAUAUCUGGAUCAUCGCCUCAAAGCUGCAGAGAACAGGUUUGCCAAAUUCCUCCUGACCUGUCUCAAGUGCUGUUUCUGGUGCCUGGAGAAGUUCAUCAAAUUCCUCAACCGGAAUGCAUACAUCAUGAUCGCCAUCUACGGCACCAACUUCUGCACCUCAGCCAAGAACGCCUUCUUCUUACUCAUGAGAAACAUCAUCCGGGUGGCCGUACUGGAUAAAGUGAUAGACUUCUUGCUCCUCCUGGGCAAGCUCCUGGUUGUGGGCAGCGUGGGUAUACUCGCCUUCUUUUUCUUUACCCAUCGCAUCAGGAUUGUGCAGGACACAGCACCCCCGCUCAACUACUAUUGGGUCCCCAUCCUGACGGUCAUCGUGGGCUCCUAUCUGAUUGCUCAUGGCUUCUUCAGUGUCUACGGCAUGUGUGUGGAUACGCUGUUCCUCUGUUUCUGCGAAGACCUGGAGCGGAACGACGGCUCUGCUGAACGGCCAUACCACAUGUCGCCCGAGUUGAGGGCCAUCCUGCUCAAGGGGAGUCUGGAAGCGGCGAAGGGCACCGAUGAUGAGGGUUGAGGAGGGGGUGGCACUACCCUCACCCACUGCAUCUCACGUCUCCUCUGGCCGGGCGGGGGGACGGGACAGGACCUGAGGGGUUGUCUGCAUGUUAUCUGUGUCUGCCCAUGACUGCCCCCAACUCUGUCUGUCCGUCUGCCUGUCAAUCCAUAUGUGUGUGUGUAUGUGUGUGUGUGAGAGAGAGAGAGAGAGAGCGCCCAGUCAGCUCAACUCUGGGUCUGAACUCACCUCAUGUGGGGAAAGAUGGUGAGUGAUUAGGUGGGCUACUAGCCCAGACUCCCUCUCUUCCCCUUUGUCUCCUGGCCUGCCCAGGAUCUGACUCCUCCUCCUGCUUCCCGCCAUCUAGCUAUGCAUUUCUCUUGGCUGGGGCCUCUUUUGGGGCUGGACUGACGCAGCCCCCCGCCCCCCGCCCCUCCACUUUCUCCACAGUGGAAGAUCUGGAACGCAACGACGGCUCAACUGAGAAGCCGUAUUUUAUGUCCUCCAACCUCAAGAAGCUCCUGAAAAAGUCCAACAAAUCGGCGGAGCUGUAGCAAGAACCCAACCCCUGCCCCCAUCUAACGUCACUGCCAAAAGACGAGGCCCUGCCUCACCCCCUCUCCCCCAGAACCCCGUAAGGUCACCGCUCCGCACUGUAAGCUUAAGCUUUUAACUAAGGGGGAAGAGGUCACCUGGCCAUGAGGCGGUGCCCCUCCUUUCCCCCCACCCAAGCUGGGAUGAUUUGGUUCAUCCCGUCCCUCUCCCAGCCUUUUCCCCAGCCCCAGAAGUGUCUCUCCAUUGUUCCCCUUUUAGGCUCAGAGGACAGUAGGGAUUGGAGUGGGGAGGUGGGUGAGAGGCCAAACUCUAAAUUAUUCUGCUUCGAGUUUCUGUGUUUGAACCCACCUGGUUCCCCAGCUCCUGCAGGUGACAGAGACUGACUGCAGUGGGAUCUCAUUCUAUCCAGAGCCAAUAAAAGGUCUUUGAUUUUUUUUUUUUAAA